AUGACGAGUCUGCAUAUUGAUACGCGUGAUGCGUCUUCGCUCAAUCCCUUGCCACAGGGUGUAGCCUUCGACGUCCAAGACAGCAACAUUCUUACUCUGGCUUCUGGCUCUCAGUCUCCACAGAGCUCAGGCUUCCUCUAUGUCCCUGGUGUCGCCGGUGUAUGCGCUCAGUCUCUACCUCAGAAUGUCACCAGGUAUCAAGACUUACCCUCAACCAACCACAUUGUUGCCAUGGCUCCAUGGCUAUCUCCUUCUUGUACUCUUACUUACCUCCAAGCCGCCUCCAAUGACAUGGCUGCUGCCUUUGUCUUCUACGUACCUGACCAGACCAAUCCUCCGCUGGCACCAGCAAACUCUCCUACCUGGGACCUUGGUGAUGGCGGCCACUGGCGCUCUGUUGUUGGCUACCCAGUCUUUGCUAUUGAUUCGGCACUCGGCCAGAUGACCAUCCAAGAGUUGGCUCUCUAUUCUGGUAAUGCUUCUAGUGUACUCAGCGCUCAAGACCUUGCCGACCAUGGAAUCGAUCCAGCCACGCAUCUCCGUCUCUUGAUCGACAUCACUACCACCACUAGUGGCGGAUCCAAUCUUCCGAGCAUCUGGAUCUUCUUGCUGAUUAUACUCGCGAUCCUGAUUGCCCUCAUUGGCGCACUAUCUCUGACUAUGCACAUCCUGCAGAGGAAGAGACGCAACGACNNUUUGCGUGCCCGGAUAGCCCGAGGCGAAGUCGACAUUGAAGCUUUGGGACUCGGAAAGCUCACAGUUCCUCAGGACAUCAUAGAUCAAAUGUACACCUACACACCUUCUACCAAUACUGUCGUGCCNCGAAAAGGUUCAGCACAAGCUUCGCCUCCUCUUGAGCAGUCUACCUGUGCUAUCUGCUUGGAUGAAUUUACCGAAUCGCAAUGUCAAGUUCGCGAGCUGCCAUGUAGGCAUGUCUUUCAUGUCAACUGCAUUGAUCUUUUCUUGCUAGACACAUCAUCCGUGUGUCCUCUGUGCAAGCGGUCUGUUCUGCCAAAAGGCUACAUACCCGGCAAGAUUACAAAUGCUCACGUCAGAAGAGAGAGAUACCUCAGACGGAACGCGGCUCGGCGGGCCCGUCACGAUGCUGCUGGAAGUCAAACACCUAAUGCAAUCGGUCCACAGGCUCGGGCUGGCACUAAUGCUGACGGAUCAUUGUCUGCACACGCCCCUCCGAUAGAAAUGACAUCCAUACCGGAUCACGACGGUGCGCAUGCUACUCAGAACGGCUCAGUCACCCCUCAANNGGGGAGAAGAGAGUGGGCGCGAAGACGUGCGUUGGCCAUGUCAGGACUUCAUCGAUCUUCUUCAAAUGAGAGCGAGUCAGAACCGAGAACUUCAAAGGCACGCAAACUUUUGAGGAAAGUGUUUCCGAAUUUAUGA